AUGGAAAAAGGAAUAGCAAUGGCAUUUGCGAUUGAUCUUAGAAGUAUUGCUGGGUAUCCAUUACGUGAUUUGGAGGACUUGGAUGGAAGAUUUUUUAGGGAUGAAACUACAGAGCUGUAUGGAAACAUUACAUUAUUUAAAGAAUUUGAGUGUGUUCGCAAAUCUAAGAUAGGUGCAAUACCAUUAUCUGUAACAAAAACAGAACUGAAAAAAUUGUUUAAAAGAUGUGAACAACGCGGAAAACCGCAAGUUAAAGGAUCGACAAUAGACUGCUCUGUCAUUUUAAAAGAUAUAGUUGAUUUAUCACAAAAAAAUGAAAUCUUUUUAUUAACUUUGUUUUGGAAUUCUUUAAUUAUUAUCUCAGUUUUUCGCAACAAGACUUUACAGAAGCCGAUUAAUGUGUUAGUCUGUAAUUUAUGCCUCGUAGAUUUAUUUAUUGUACUAGUGGGAAUACCGCUGCACGCUUCAAACAAUCGCAUUUUAUUAAAAUUUAAUUGUAACACUUUUGAACCUCUUCUAUCAGCUUUUGUUACAGCCAACGUGUUUACUCUUGUUACUAUAGCUGUAGAAAGAUACGUGGUAGUGUUAAACGGCGUAAAAUCAGUUUUUAAACUUGAUUUAAAAAGAUCAAUCACAGUUUCAGUUCUACUCGAUAUAUCUGCAAUCACAUUUUCUUUGCCUAAAGUUGUUUUUCAGAAAAAAAGUAAUCAUGACUGCUGUAAUUUAAAUUGGCCUUUGCAAAGUGUAAUUCUUUAUGUCUUGUUUUUAUUUUUAAUCCAGUACCUGGGACCAUUUUUGGCAAUGACUUUCUUGUAUUUAAAAAUUUGGUAUAACAUACGUAAAAAAAAUAAAACGUCUAUCAACCUUUUUAAAACAAACCGUAUUUCUAAAAAGAUCAAUAGUAUUUCAUCUAUCAAGGACAUUCAAUUUAAAAGUGAUAGCCGUAAUCAUCUGGCAAUAAAAACCAGACGCAGUGGCUCUCUAGACUCGCUUUACGCCUAUGGAAGUAAUAAUAAUAAAAUAUCCGAUUCUCAAAACUCAUUAAGACGUUCUAAAUCUUCUUCAUUUGUUGCCGAAAGUUCACAUAAAAAUAAAAGUCCUAUUGAACGGUCAUCUUCGUUUACUUCGAUCAAAGCAUUUCACAACCAUUCGCUGAGAGGAUCUAUUCAACGUAUACAUAGAAGCCUAACAUCAGUAAUAGUCGGUGCAGACCUUGAUCAAGCGCAAGUCCUUUUUUCUGUUAUGCGCUAUAAGCAAACAAUGAAAACCUUGAAAGUGUUUUUUCUUCUUUUGUUUGUAUUUAUAGUGUGCCUGCUCCCUUAUCAAAUAAAUAACUUAAUUGAUUUGAGAAGCUGUAAUCGUAGAAACAACUACUUGAGUAUUCUCAUUUACAUCAAUGCAGCAGUAAAUCCGUUAUUGUAUGGUGGCUUAAACUGUCAAUUUCAAAGAGUUUUUAAAAAAUACUUUUCCCAUAAACCAAGCCAAAUUCAGUUAUUGAUUAAAAAAAACAUGUUUCACAAGGAGCCAGAAAGUAUUUACGCUAAAGGAAGCUAUAAAACACGAUAUUUUUUUUGCCUAAAAAUAAAACGUUUCGGAAAGCACAAAACGCGAUGCCCUAUAGAGCGUGCCGAUGCUAGAUCUCUGAAAAUGCAAAGAGAUUCAAUCAGAGAAAGACAAAGCAUUAGCUUCUAUCAAAAUAGAAAAGGAUCAUCAAAGCCACUAACUGAAAAUACUAUCCCUGUUUGUGCACCUAUAAUCAUUAUUACUUGUUACGACGAUGAAAUAGAUACUAAAUUUUAGGUUGCUCCUUAAACAAUUUUUUCGAUACAAUAUAUUUAAGAAGAUUAAAGCGUUAAAACAGUUAACUACAGUCUGCACUUAUUACUCAUGUGCGUAUGUUUAGAAGGCAAUUAAAAGCAAAUUGUUUUUCAACAUAUGUUAAAUAUUUAUUGAAUAUGUGGUACAAACGUACAUUAAUAUUUUAAUUUACAAUCUUUUAAAGUAUUGUUCAAAAUACAAAUUUAUAUAUUUUCCCAGUGGGCACGGGACACAAAAAAGACGUCUUUUGAACGUUUUGGACGUCUUUUGAAUGUUCAUAAAUUGACUUUUUCUGGAUCCUUCCCCAUUGGGUUAUGAAUAACAAUAUGUAUAUUUCUAAAAUUGUUAUAACACCACGCUAUAUA